AUGGCUGCUAGCCAGAGCAGGGGGCUGCAGGGCCCACGCUCCUGCGGCGUCCCCGGGCUGCGCGGGGGGGGCUCUCCCCGAGCCCCGCUCCCUGUGCUGGCAUCCAGCUCGUCGGCACCCGGAGAGCCCCAGCGGAGCAAGCCACCGCCUCCACCUGCGCACGGCCCCGGUCCCCCCCCGGCCGGGAGCUGGCGGCUCCGAGCCCGACCGUGGGCCAGGCAGCGACUCGGAAAACGACCCUCGAUUCCCGCCCGGCUCCCCCGCGGCCGGGAGGGGUUUCGGCGUCGGGACGGCGGCGGCGGUUCCAGUCUCGGUUCGGCCGAUGGACGGGGUCGGACCCGCCGCCUUCCCGAAGUGCUGCCCGCCGAGCGGCUGCACCCCGGGAACGGCCCCGGGGCCCCCGAGCCCCGCACACCGGACCGCCCCGCCGCCCGCAAACCCCCAGCUCCCUCAAGGCGGAGCCCCCCCCGCGCCGGUGCCGCCGUCGAGCCGCCCCGCCGGGGCAACGAGGCGCACCUGGGGGGGCUCGGCCGCGACCGAGCCCCGUCCCCCGACCGAGCCCCCGGGCCAGCCCCGCGGAGCACAAAGCGACGCCCCGCGGUGCCGGUGCCGCCCCCCGCGCGGAGAGCGGCGGCCGUUACUCACCGGAGCCCCGCGGGCGGCGGCGGCGGCGCGGUGCCGCCGCUCCCGGGAACAAUGGAGGGGAGCCCCGGCCGGGGCGAGAGGCGCAGCCCCGCCGCCGCCGCGCUCACAGCGGCCGCCCCAUGGCAGCCCCGGUCCGGCCCGGCCGGCGGAGGCGGCGGGAGGCGCUCCCGGAGCCGCUGCCGGACGCGCUCCCGAAGGCGCGGCCGCCCCGACGCCGCCGCUGCCGCUGCCCGCCCGCCGCGUCCCGCCGAGCGCCCGCCGCCGCCGAACUAA